CAAUUUCAGCAGUGGACCACCACAGUCUGAUCCAAAUGUUCAGAGGAAUGUUCUGACCCAGGAUCAGUCCAGGUGUGGAGUGUGUGAGCAGCUACUGAGGGACCCAGUCAUCACCACCUGUGGACACAGUUUCUGCAGGCAGUGCAUCAGCAGCUACUGGAGCCAGUCUGGUCCAUCAGGAGACUACAGCUGUCCCCAGUGCAGAAAGAGAUCCAGAGCACAACCCUUUCUAAACCCUGACAUAACCAUGGCACAACCUCUGAUAUACCCACAUACAACCAUGACACAACCUCCUGUAUAUCCCCCUACAGCCAUGGCACAAUCUUCUCUCUACCAACACAGAGAAAUGACACAGCUUCAUCUGAAGCCAUCUACAACCAUGGCACAAGUUCCUCCGUAUCCAUACUCAGACACAGGGCAGAACCCUCUAUACCCACACUUACACAUGGCACAGAUUUCUCCACAGCUUCCUUUGGAUGAGCACAUAGUCAUGGAAGGAAGCAAACAUCUCCAAACUGAGCAUGCUCCUGUCAAAAGGGCCAAACUAACAGAUGAUGUCCUGAACAGAGCACUGAUGACCCAUAAAGCCUGUAUGAAGAGGAGGUUUGAGAGCAUAUCUGAAGGUGUCAUAAGAUCAGAGACUCAAACACUCCUGAACAAGAUCUACACAGAGCUCUACAUCACAGAGGGAGAGAAUGAAGGGGUGAAUAAUGAACAUGAAGUUUGGCAGGUAGAGUCAGCAUCCAGAUCACAAACUACAGAAGACACAGCAAUCCAUUGCAAUGACAUCUUCAAGCCCUUACCUGGACAGCAGAGACCCAUCAGAACUGUCAUGACCAAGGGCAUUGCUGGCAUUGGAAAAACCGUCUCAGUGCAGAAGUUCAUCCUUGACUGGGCAGAGGAGAAAGCUAACCAGGAUGUAGAUUUCAUGUUUGUACUUCCGUUCCGUGAGCUGAAUUUGGUCAAACAUGAUCAGUACAGUCUUCACAGGCUCCUGCUGGACUUCUACCCUGAGCUUAGAGAGCUACAGGGUGGUGAAUACAAAGACCGCCAUAUUGUGUUCAUCUUUGAUGGUCUGGAUGAGAGUCGACUUCCGCUGAAUUUCCAAGAGAACCAGCAGUUGUCUGAUGUGACACAAACAUCAUCAGUGGAUGUGUUGAUGACGAGCCUCAUUCAGGGAUCUCUGCUUCCCUCAGCUCUCAUCUGGAUAACCUCCCGACCAGCAGCAGCCAGUCAGAUCCCUUCUCAGUGCAUCAAUCAGGUGACAGAAGUACGAGGGUUCAGUGAUCCACAGAAGGAAGAGUACUUCUGGAAGAGGAUCAGUGACCAGAAUCAAGCCAACAGAAUCAUUUCACACAUUAAGGCAUCCAGGAGCCUCCACAUCAUGUGCCACAUGCCAGUCUUCUGUUGGAUCUCAGCCACUGUCCUUCAGCAGAUACUGGAAGAGGAUAAUGGGAAGGAAGCCCCCAAAACUCUGACUGAGAUGUUCAUACACUUCCUGCUCAUCCAGACCACCAGGAAAAAACAGAAGUAUCAAGAGGAAAAUGAUAUAGAGAGACAGAGGCUCCUGGAAUCACACAAAGAUGUCAUACUGAAACUGGCAGAGCUGGCCUUCAAGCAUCUGGAGAAUGGCAAUCUCAUGUUCUAUGAGGAAGACCUGAAAAAGUGUGGCAUUGAUGUGAGUGAAGCCUCAGUGUACUCUGGCAUGUGUACUGAGAUCUUCAGGGAGGAAUGUGUGUUUCAGCACAAGAAGGUCUACUGCUUUGUGCAUCUGAGCAUCCAGGAGUUUCUUGCUGCACUUCAUGUGUUUGCCUCCUACUUGAGUAAAAACAUGGAGGCCCUGACACCAUUUCUCAAAGGGAAGUCCAGGUCUUUGCCAGAUCUACAUGAGCUGCUAAAGAAUGCUGUGAACAAAGCUUUGGAGAGCAAGAAUGGACACCUUGAUUUGUUCGUUCGCUUCCUUCAUGGCAUUUCUCUGGAGUCAAAUCAGAGCCUUAUGGUGGGUUUCCUGACAAACACAUACAGCAGCCCAGAAAGUCAGAAGAAGACAAUCCGAAACCUGAAGGUGAUGCAAAGGCCAAAUAUCUCCCCUGAGAGAUGCAUCAAUCUGUUCCACUGCCUGGUCGAAAUGCACGACUCUUCUGUUCAUGAUGAAAUCAAUGCUUUCCUGCAGGCAGAGAAGGGUUCAGUGAAACAGCUCUCACUGGCUCACUGCUCAGCCUUGGCUCAUGUGCUUUUGAUGUCUGGGGAGGUGCUGGAUGAGUUCGACCUGAAGAAAUACAAAACCUCUCCAGAAGGUCGCAGGAGGUUGGUUCCAGCUGUGAGAUGCUGCAGAAAGGCUCUACUUGCUGGCUGUAAACUAACAGAUAAGUCCUGUGAGAUUUUGGUCUCAGCUCUGCAGUCUGCAAACUCCCCCUUGAGACAGCUGGACCUCAGUCAGAAUGACCUGUCAUUGGAAAAGCUGCUCUCUGCUCUACAGAGUCCAAACUGCAAACUGGAGACACUGAGACUUGCUGAUUGUAAUCUAACAGAGGAAUCCUGUAAGGCUGUAGCCUCUGCUCUGCAGUCAUUGGUCUCCCUGACAGAACUGGACCUCACAAACAAUGAACUGAAGGAUUCUGGUAUUCAGCUUAUCUCUGCAGGACUAAGUAGCCCUCACUGUAAACUACAGACAUUAAGACUUGCUGUUUGCAAGCUAACAGAGGAAUCCUGUAAGGCUGUAGCCUCUGCCCUGCAGUCAUUGGUCUCCCUGACAGAACUGGACCUCUCAAACAAUGACCUGAAGGAUUCUGGUAUUCAGCUUCUCUCUGCAGGACUAAGUAGCCCUCACUGUAAACUACAGACAUUAAGACUUGCUGACUGUAAGCUAACAGAGGAAUCCUGUAAGGCUGUAGCCUCUGCUCUGCAGUCAUCGGUCUCCCUGACAGAACUGGACCUCACAAACAAUGACCUGAAGGAUUCUGGAGUUCAGCUUCUCUCUGCAGGAAUAAGUAGCCCUCACUCUAAACUACAGACAUUAAGACUGUCUGGUUGUCUCAUCACACACAACGGCUGUUCUUUCUUGGCCUCUGCCCUCAAAUCAAACCCCUCCUUCCUGAAAUAUCUGGAUCUGAGCUACAAUCACCCAGGAGACUCAGAUGUCAGAGAACUCACAGACAGACUGAAUGAUCCCAACUGUAAACUAACGACUUUCAAGUAUGACCAUGGAGGAGAGUGCAGGAUUAAACCAGGACUGAGAAAAUAUGCCUGUGAGCUCACACUGGACCCAAACACAGCACACACACAUCUCUCUCUCUCUGAGGGGAACAAAAAGGUGACGCGUGUGAGAAAGGAUCAGCCGUAUCCUGACCACCCAGAGAGAUUUGACUCCUAUCGUCAGGUGCUGUGUAGAGAGGGUCUGUCUGGACGCUGCUACUGGGAGGCUGAGUGGAGUGGUAGUGAGGUUCAUAUAGCAGUGGCCUAUAAAAGCAUCAAGAGGAAAGGGGGGAGUGCUGACAGUGUGUUUGGAUGGAAUGACAAGUCCUGGAGUCUGAGAUGCUCUGGUAACAGUUACUCUGCCAGGCACAAUAAUAAGAAGACUGCCAUACCUACCCCCUCCUCCCGCUCCAGCAGAGUAGGAGUGUACCUGGACUGGCCAGCAGGCACUCUGUCCUUCUACAGCGUCUCCUCUGACACACUCACCCACCUGCACACGUUCCACUCCACAUUCACUGAGCCCCUCUAUCCUGGGUUUAGGGUUUUGGAUGAAAACUCCUCAGUGUCCCUGUGCCAGAUCACAUGACCUCCUCAUGCUGCAGGAUCACCAGAGUCUGCAGAAGAGUCACACACUCCGGUUCCAACACCACGGUGUGCCACUUAGAGGGAAAAUGUACAUUACUAUAUAUACUGUAUCUGAUAUACUGAAACAUUAUUUGCUGCUAUGGAGACCAUAACAACAAAUAAAGUAUAUGUGUGUGCAUGUGUAUGCGCCUGUACUUGCAUGUGUGUCUUUGUGUGCACGUGUGUGUGUGUGUGUGUGCACGCACAUGUGUGUGUGUGUGUUUGUGGUGUACACAUGUGUGUGUGUGUUCUCUCACCCUCUCUCUGUUGUUCCCUUUAUGUUCUGUACAUAUUUCAUCAUGUAUUCUGUGAAAAAUAAACAGAUCUGCUUGUGUGUGAGAGAGUGGGGGGGGGGGGGACUUUAUUCUUUAAAUAAAUGACUUCUUAAAAUGUGACAUUUACUCUGAUAUGUGUAUGUACUCAACAAUGUGGAACAUAAUUUAACUCAUUGCAAACUGUACAUGACAAAUAAAAAAAUGAAAUGUAAA